AUGACGUCAGCGCUGGUCGACCCGACGGUCAUCACGGCCGUCGUGGCGGCAUCGCCGGGCUUGCCGCCGUUCGGACUCGUCGGCGUCGAGCGCUCUACCGCGCUGGCACCGGUGGCUGCGCCCAUUGGCCCGUACGUUUUCUUGUACUUGACCUUGUAUCAAGAGUCGUCGAUUGCGUACUCGGCGCUGGACUAUGCGCGCAUCAAGCUCGCCGUGGCUGCUGCAUCUGGUAUUCCAUCGAAUGUGAUCUCGCUGCUCAAGCUCUACAAGCCGUUCAACUCGAACGCGAUGCAGUGGACCUUCCAGCUGCCACUGACCGACGGCUCCAACUCGCUCGCAGCCGUCCAGUGGCCGACAAACCAGACGAUCUUGGGCAUCCAGCUCAACUUGUAUGCGGACGGCUACACCACGUACGAAGUGACGUCGUCGGGCGACCUCUUCAUUCCGCGCCAGUCGUACCCGUUGCUCACGGCAGCUUUGUGCACGUGA